CCCCAGUUCCAGUUGGCACUUAUUGGAAAUACUCUAUCCUUGGAACAUUUUCAAAGCUUAUUUGCUUCUACAUGGUGAUGGGCGUCCCUACCGUCAUGCUGAAGGAGAGAAGUUAAGGUACCAGGUCCUCGCCCUAGCAUACGAGCCCCGCCUGUAGCACCACUCAAAUCCGCAUGUACGGGAGGACCUCAGCCUUACCUUUGAGGUUGACAGGCUAUUGAUGGCACAGUCAUUGAGGACCUACCAAGGAUGACGGCAUCAGAGCAUGGCAACAGCUAUGGUCUUAAAGACCAGGCCUCCCUUGUCCGGGGCCCUCAUAAGGCGUCCGUUGGUCUUUUGUCUCAUGCUCGACUUGAUUCAUGCGAUCUUGCAUGCCGCUUGUCGUCAACAUGCUGGUACCGAUCUUGCUUCAGAUCUUGUUCCUGGCGCAGCAAGCAAUUUCUGUUGUCCCCUGUGGCGGAUAUCGUCCGGACUAUGAGCUCGUUGCUACAGCACAGAACAUUACUAUCAAUUGCCAAACGCGGUAUUCUGUCAUAUUCAAUGGCACCACACCUGGACCGCCACUGUACAUGAAGGAGAACUACACGACAUGGGUCAGAGUCUGGAACAGAAUACAGGAUCAGAAUCUCACUGUGCAUUGGCAUGGCUUGAGUCAACGAACCUCUCCGUUCUCCGAUGGUACACCGGAAGUCUCACAAUGGCCUAUCGCAUCCAACGAGUACUUUGACUACGCAAUCACGCCCGAGAUAGGCGACGCUGGAUCAUACUUUUACCAUUCUCACGUGGGAUUCCAGGCAAAUACCGCUCAAGGGGUGAUUAUUGUCGAAGACUUGGAAUCCGUGCCAUACAACUACAGUCAGGAUACCAGCUUGUUGAUCCAGGAUUAUUUUGCCAAGAAUGACACCGUGAUAGAGCAAGGCCUGGUCGCCAAUCCGUUCAAAUGGUCAGGCGAACCAUAUUCGAUACAGAUCAAUGGCUUGAGCGGUAACUCUUCCUUCACGAAUGCCUCCGAUGCUUCUUGCACACCAUAUGUCAUCAACGUGGCCCCAGGAUCAACCUCCAGACUACGUUUUAUUAGUGCCACCGCACUCUCGCUCGUCACACUCGGCAUUGAAGAUCAUGAAAACCUGACAAUCAUCGAAGCAGACGGCGAGUAUACGAAGCCAUGGAGUACUGACCACCUUCAGCUCGGCAGUGGACAACGUUUUAGUGUUCUUUUCAAGGCGAAGACCCAGGCGGAACUUGAGGCGCUCAAUAAGACGAGCUUUUGGAUUCGUUAUGAGAGUCGCGAUCGGCCCACAAAUGUCACUGGUUAUGCUUUAUUGCACUAUAACACCAGUGGCUCUAGCCUUCCCUCCGACUUACCGUCGAACUCUCCGGUUACUCUUCCGCAAGACGUAAACAGCUGGGCGGAAUACUCGCUCGAAGCGCUCAAACCACUCGAAGCGUUUCCAAAGCUUUCUGAUGUCACGAGGACAGUCUACAUCACCAUGCAGCAGGUUAUGAAGGUGGGUUCAUAUAAGAACGGUACAAUCAAUGGCACAUUGCAAUGGGAAGAAGACGAUCUCAUCUGGCAAACGGAAGUGCGACAAUCCAACAACAGCUUGCCAUAUCUGGUACAAGUGUACCUUACGGGCCAAACACCAAAUUACACAGCCGCCAUUGAGAAUGGAGGCUGGGAUCCGUACAGCAAUGCUUUUCCCGCAUUGCCUGGUGAGGUUCUCGACAUUGUCUGGCUGAGUAACAACGGUCCGACGGGAGGCUGGGAUUUCCAUCCAAUGCACGCUCAUGGAAAGCAUUAUUUCGACUUAGGCUCUGGGAACGGGACGUACAAUGCCACUGCCAAUGAGGUACGUUUCGGGAACUAUACCCCAGCAAGGCGCGAUACGACCAUGCUUUACCGCUACGCGACUUCUGGCGUACCAGAGACCACCGCAGGAUGGCGGGCGUGGCGUAUAAGGAUCACCGAGGACGAUGUUGGCGCAUGGAUGAUGCACUGCCAUAUAUUGCAGCAUAUGAUAAUGGGCAUGCAGACAGUUUGGGUGUUUGGUAAUACAAGCUCGAUCCUGGCGAGAUUUCCCACACAACCAUAUGUGAAUGGCUAUUUGAAUUAUGGAGGUGAUGCAUUUGGAAAUGAUACUUACGAUCCGCUUGUCAAUCUGUUUGCUUCUGAGAACCAGACGAAGAUAUGAACUCGCGGGGCGAAGUAGCCCGCCAUCCAUGUAAUGACGAGCAUGCAUCAUCUUUCCAAGAGCACAUCAAAAGGGAGACAUAUAGCUAAUAGACAUUUUUGCUGCACUGAAUGUGUUUGAGGAGGAUAGAGGUGUCA